GAAGCGUCUUUUCCUCACAGAAAUCGAACAAGUGAGAAACUGUUGCUUCUUGGCGAUAUCUUAACAAAGGGACGAUUGUGUUACCAUAUUUGACUUUCAAAUUGAGGCUUUCCUCCUCGUUUCAUAAUUUAAGUGAAAAGAGAGAAAGUUACCUGGUGCUGAUAAUGCAUUUGUAAGUCUCACCUCGCAGAGUUUCAUGAUAACGUUACCUGAAGAACUAACGCUGACAACACUGAGCAGAGAGACCGUUAAAAUAAGAAGCCCGAAGGCGCGAAAAUUCGCUGACAUAUUCUGAGCUGUUUGCUCGCACGAGGGGAGCUGCGCUGUAGCGCGGAAUCUGGCGUCAAUCUUCAAUCUUGGAAUACAUCAGAAGAGGAACAGUGAGAGACGUGUCAACAUGUCAAAGCCGAAGUUUAAUAAAGACUAGCAAGGCUUGCUGUGAACCUGUUUGAAAAACAUAUCUCACCACACAUUUACCAUUGGACAAACAGGACAUUUGUAUCUGGACAGCUUAAUCCUGGUUAUUUGGAGGUUUAAGAGAUUUAAGAGUGUCACGAAAAUACAAAAUAAUAUAUAACGUGGGACAAUAAGGGAUUUUCUUGGUCAGUUUAAAUCACGAAAACCAAGCAUAACCACAGCUUCUAUGAGAGGAGGGAUAGAGUUUGUUUAAGUGCUGCAGUGAAUAUGGACUCAUGGGAAUUCUACAGAAUCACAACAGUUCAUGAACUUCUCGUGGAAAAAUAACACGGAGCCACACAGCUGUCAGUCCGCAAAUCUAUAAGGAGAAAUUACCGCCACCCGGCAACUCCCGAGACACAAAUACACUUCCACAUCAUCUGAUAGAAUCUCCAUCGGAGGACCAAAAUUUGGGGACACCAAAUCCCCCAUGUUGCUCAUAUCAGACAAGCUAUAUAUAUUUGUAUGAGCAUAUAAACCCUCCGGAUCACCAAGAAUUGCAGUUUUUAUGGAGUGAUAACUCGGUCCAAAGUGUCAAAGAGGGUUAUUCAGCUGGCUAUACGGAUUUUGCAGACGGAGGAACUAGCAGAAGUUGAAACAUUAAAUGGAAAUGAGCACAAUCAACAUUUAAGCCCAGACAGACUGGAAUAAUUGUUCCACUUAGGAUAUUUGAUUAGUUUUGUUAAAGGUGGAUUUUUUAAUAUCGAAAAGAACUCUUUCUGGGUGACUUAUAUCACAGACACAAGCACGUUUCAUCAUAUUUUAUUCUCCUGUUAACCUUAAUCUCAUUUUAGUCCUUUAUCUUCCCAGAGUUCAUUCUGGCCGGGCCUGUUUCUUCUAAAGGAGAGGAGGACUUCCUCUCUAUUGCUGCCUCACGUCUCAGUCGCAGGAAGCGGGUUAUUGGGGCGGCAGUGGGUGUGGCAAUGGUGUUAGUGCUACUGAUCACUAUACCAUUAUUGGUGCACAGCACCAAACUGGGUGGGUCAGGGGGCGGAGGCACACAAUAUGAAAUGCUUGGAAGCUGUAAGAUGGUCUGUGACUCUCUGACACCCACCAAUGAAUUAACACCUGUUUCCCCUCCUCCUCAUGACAUACCAGGACGUAGAGGGGGUGGUAAGUCAGGAUUUCGUGGUAGCCAAGGGCCACCAGGCCCACGUGGGCCCCCUGGAGAACCAGGAAAACCAGGCCCUCCUGGACCUCCAGGUCCUGGCCCUGGGGGAUACAUCCCAUCAUUCUACAGCCCAAAAAUAGCCUUCUAUGCCGGUCUGCGCAAGCAGCACGAAGGAAGUGAGAUACUGAAGUUUGAUGACGUGGUCACAAAUGUGGGGAAUUACUAUGAGCCGUCCACAGGAAAGUUUACCUGCCCUCUUCCUGGAAUCUACUUCUUCACUUAUCAUGUGCUCAUGAAAGGCGGGGAUGGAACUAGCAUGUGGGCCGACCUCAAGAAAAAUGGACAGGUAAGGGCAAGUGCAAUCGCUCAGGAUGCAGAUCAGAAUUAUGACUACGCCUCUAACAGUGUGAUUCUGCAUUUAGACGUGGGAGAUGAGGUCUGCGUGCAGCUGGAUGGUGGAAAGGUGCACGGAGGAAACGCUAACAAAUACAGCACAUUCAGUGGCUUUCUUAUCUACCCCGACUAACACAUCAACACAUACACGCUAAAAAAACACAAGCACUGUCACAUACUUGCAAACAAUUACAGACGCUGUUUACCUGCCAUGAAGGUAGUGAUCUAUCAACACAAUUAACAUUAGACUAUUAUACUAUACGCGUGGAAACAGUGGAUAUAACAAUAAAAUAACAAGAAGCAAAACUGUAGCUUUGGUACUGAAAGUUUAUUUUUUAUUAUAGUAUUAAACAUCAAUGUGAAACAGUGUUUACAGUCCACUUACAUAAUUUGAUAAUAAGUUGGUCACUUUAAGAGAAAAUAUGUGAUUUUUUCUCCAUCAGAAAUUGACUCGAUCGUGAAAAGUUUGGUAACGUCCACUGGACAUUUCAGACAUUUCGAGUUGGAACAAGUAUUUACAUUUUGUGUAGUUCUUUGGAGUAAUCAUUCUCCUAAGACCAGGAAUGUGUAUUAUGGAAAUCAUUACAGUUUUUUUCAACUGCUUACACACAAAAUGUUUACUUGUCACACAAUUUCUGAAACCUGACACUCAAACACCAGAAUCACACACCAAAUCGGCAAAACCAUACACUAAUUAUUGACGUUUGAUUCAGUUUUCAGUUUCAUAAAACACUUUUUGCAAAACACAACACACAAUUCUCUAUGUAACACAAAAAUCUUACAGGAAGUAUAUUGAUUUCCUUUUCAAACACAACCAAUCAAAAUGCCACACUAACUCCUCACAUGUGCAAACACUCAUUGCUUUACUUAACACCAACCAAUCAUGGCUUUAGAAGAGGCCUAUAAAUAGGCCAAGGGUCAAGUUAUAGGUUUUGAACAAUGGAUGCAAACAAUGUAGACAGAGUAAGGGGAUUUGGAGGGAGAGCCAGAGGACGAGGCAGAGCUCAAAUUAGAGGAGGACGAGUCGGAAGAGGAGGAGGACACGGAACAAGAAGUGUGGUCUCGAAUGAGAUUAGGGCCACAGUCAUUGAUCAUGUAAAAACCACGGUUUACUGUAACAAAGAGAGAGGCUGUACAGAGAGUCCAGCCCAAUUUGAGUCAGGUAUAAUUCGAACCUUUAGAAAUGAGAACAGUUAUGUAACAAUCUACUGUUAUGUACACAUGUUCUAAUGUACACAAACAGUAGGCUAUAAUACAGUAUUUUACAGUAGUACCCUUGCAUUCAUUUACUGUACUACAGUGCACUGCAUUGGUCACAGUCUGGUGAGGUGUCACACUGUACAACAGUACAGCCAACUGUAAGAAGACAUUCUGACCAUAUUGUAUAAAUAGUAUAUUAUGUUACAGUUUAUGGCACACACUCACACUGUUCCUGAAUCUUCUACAGAGUGGAAAGGCGAAGGUAUCAUGGUGGGCGAGGUCACAUGUUCACUGAAGAGCAAGUGACGGCUAUCGUGAAUUUGGUUUUGGCCAAUAAUGCUAUUAGAAUUCGUGAAAUAUACAUAACCAUAUCCUUAAUGAUGCCACAAUUUUUGCGAACAUAAAUGCUGUGAGUCCCUCAACAAUACAUCGUGUACUCCAGAUUUUUUUUUCGUACUGUGUACAGUAGAGCUGUAAUCGGGCCUUAAAAGUUAGGCCCGAUAGUGCCCGAGCACGACAGAAUUCGGCCCGAGCCCGACAAGUACAUUUUGAUUGACAGCUUUUUAAAAGCCCGAACCCGUUUACAGCCCGACAUUAGGCUAAUGUGCGCAGGCACACAGCUUUUGUCAAGAAUGAGUCAUUUAUACAUGUUUUAACAUAAUUCAUUAAUGACUAACGUAGGCUAUAGGCCACUUGGAAGUUGGAACAAAGAAAUAAAAUAAGUACUCUGUAACAUCGUAACACCUCACAUAUCCCACUGGCUCAUUAUUCUCAUUAUGCACAUGGUCAAAACUUUUCCUCACCUCAGACUUUGUUUUAGUUGCUGGUGCAACCAAAACGUAAUCGCCAGAGGCAAGCCUCCGUUUCACCUUCUCAGCAUCCAUUUUCGCAUCUUUCUCGUGCUAAUCGGAACGCAUCACAUGACCGCUAAUUUACCGCGCAAACCCGAGCCCAUGUAAAAUGAUAGAAAUUAAGCCCGAACCCGUCGGGUCACGUCGGGUCCGUCGGGUUCGGGCAAAGAUCUUCAGCUCUACUGAUACUGUAUUCACAACCAGCAAAAAAAUAAAUAAACACAGGAAAUAAAAAGUUUGGUUUCAAUCUUGCUUUUGUUUUUACAGUGAAUUUUAAACAUCUCUCUGCCAAUUUCUUUCAAUAUGGAGCUCAUGAAAGAAGAGCUUUAGGUUUUGAAUAACUGUGUGUAUAUGAUAUAUCCCAAAAUAUAACAUUACGGUAAAAGUGUUUGCAACAGAAGACAAAUGUUUACUUUUGAAAUGUGUUUGUGAUAUUUUUAAUGUAGUGCUUCAUUUUGCAAGAGACGUGAGGCAUUUUGCAUUUUGUGUGUGCAAUUCUUGGAUUAGUGUGUAAAGUUUUGAAAAAAAGAGGCAACUUUUUGAAAAUGUGUGUAAGCAGUUGAAAAAAACUGUAAGGUACAUUUUGAUUUUCAUAUUGACUUCAAUGAAAUUGUACGAAUUGUAUGCAAUGACUCAUUACUUAAUAUUGCAUGGAAUCAAGAUUUAUUUGCUACUUUACAACUCACUAUUAAGCAAAUGUUUCAAUUCUGGUGUUUGAAAGGCCCAACAUUGCUGCACAAAAUGUUUAUGAUGUUGAUAUUGUUGACUAAAAAACCCUGAAACAUGUCAGGCUUCCUAAGUUAUAAAAAACUUUUGAAGAUUACCCAGUUAUCGUGCCACGUUGUACUAGAUUCUAACAUUCUCCCUAUAGAACGUGUGUAGGUUUGUUUGCAAUUUGCAUAACAGGGACUUGAUAAACAAAAGUGGAAUGCAUUUCAUGGCAUGGAAACGGUAUUUGUAACUUCUGUGUCUUAAGUAUGUACAAUAGGUUUAUAAGGAAGAACGUUUAAAUUACAAUAUGUCACUAAAUUUGUUGUGGGAUAUGGCUAAAUGUUUUACAAUGACUUGAUUGUAUGAUGGAAACAUCAAGUUUCUGUGUAUGUGUGUGUGAGUGUGUGUGUGCAUGUAACUGCAAUGUGAUUCAUGUGUUCCCUAACAAUAUAACAUGUUACAGAUUUGCUUCUGAAUAUUUCACUUGUAGAUUGAUUACUGUUGUAAAUCUUUGCAGUUGUGUAAUUAAUCAUUAUUAUAGACUUUUGUUCUGGCAUGUAAAAGAGU